AUGGCCGCAAACUCAACCCCUGGAAUCACCGACGCUGUCAAAAGCCUUUUCGGCGACGACCGCUACACCGAUCUGACCAUCCUAUGCAGUGAACAUAAAUGGCGUGUCCACAAAGCAAUUGUUUGCACACGUUGCGAGUUCUUCGCCAAAGCCGUCGACGAUGGCUUCCAGGAAGCCGGUGCUGGUGUCAUCGAUCUCCCGAAUGAUCAUCCAAACGCAAUCGCAGCCAUGUUGAGAUUCUUGUACACGGACGAAUACGACGACGCCGCGCACCUUCUGUCUGUGGCCAGCGAAAAGGAAGAGCAUGAAUGGACAAUACUUCCGAUGCACAUUCGCGUCUACCAGAUGGCCCACAAGUACGAGCUCCCCAAGCUGGCUGAUCUGGCACAAGAGGAACUUGAGGUUUGCCUGAAGCACGAGGAUGAGGCACAAGGCCUGUACAAGGCAAUCAAGAUACUUUGGGAGCAGAACGGAGAAGCCUGGCAACCAUUGCGAGCAUGCGUCAUGGAACAUUUUCUCAGACGCACAGACCUCCUGGUCGACAAAGACCGCAGCUUCCAACAUUAUCUCGAAUCACAUCCGUCGGUCGCCGCAUCAUUCUCGCGAUCUCUCGUUGUCAUGCUCGGCACAUCCGGGCCGCUGCAAAAGGUUUACAAAUGCCCAAAGGACGACUGCGGCGUAAAGUUCAUAGUAAAAUGGCGGGAUCAAGAUACUGAAAUGGGCUGUGCAGGAUGUGGACAGCGGUACUCAAAGGCGACUUGGAAGCGCUUUGAAACGUUGAUGCGGGUGGAGUUUGUGUAA